AUGGCCCGUACAAAGCAGACUGCUCGCAAGUCGACCGGUGGCAAGGCCCCGCGGAAGCAGCUGGCCACCAAGGCGGCCCGCAAGAGCGCGCCGGCCACCGGCGGCGUCAAGAAGCCGCACCGCUACCGGCCGGGCACCGUGGCCCUGCGCGAGAUCCGGCGCUACCAGAAGUCGACCGAGCUGCUGAUCCGCAAGCUGCCCUUCCAGCGGCUGGUGCGCGAGAUCGCGCAGGACUUCAAGACCGACCUGCGCUUCCAGAGCUCGGCCGUGAUGGCGCUGCAGGAGGCGAGCGAGGCCUACCUGGUGGGGCUGUUUGAAGACACGAACCUGUGCGCUAUCCACGCCAAGCGCGUGACCAUCAUGCCCAAAGACAUCCAGCUGGCCCGCCGCAUCCGCGGGGAGCGGUCCCCUGCUUGCUGGCCGCCUUCCGGGGUGUCAAGAUCUUUUGAGUUUGGUCAGUCGGCUUCUCUGGACUGGCGAGGUAGCCGCUGCGUCCUUGGGCGCGGCCAGGGCGCCCAGUUUCGCUUCUUGGAGGCAGCCAUGGGUCCUCCCGUAGGGUCGGGCUCUUCUAGGACGUCUUCGUACUCGACCUUGGCCCAGAACUGUGACCGCGUCCCGAAUGACAUUCUCCAGGAACACUUUCAACACACCUCGGGUCUCUUCGUAAAUGAGGCCGGAGAUGCGCUUGACACCCCCGCGCCGAGCAAGACGCCGAAUGGCGGGCUUGGAGAAAUUAAUAUUUCUGGUCUUAUCGUCCGUUACUUAAAGCGUUCCGUCUAUAGGACCAAAUUAGCCAUUGAUGGAUUGAGGAAGAGGAAACCGCAUUCCAAGGAGAAAAGGCUGAAGGCUCUACUCUGUAAAUUGGUACCGGUCAGCACACAGCUUUGGCGGAUAUCCGAAUCAGAUAUCAUGGCCCGUACGAAGCAGACUGCCCGCAAGUCCACCGGUGGCAAGGCCCCGCGGAAGCAGCUGGCCACCAAGGCGGCCCGCAAGAGCGCGCCGGCCACCGGCGGCGUUAAGAAGCCGCACCGCUACCGGCCGGGCACCGUGGCCCUGCGGGAGAUCCGGCGCUACCAGAAGUCGACUGAGCUGCUGAUCCGCAAGCUGCCCUUCCAGCGGCUAGUGCGCGAGAUCGCGCAGGACUUCAAGACUGACUUGCGCUUCCAGAGCUCCGCCGUGAUGGCGCUGCAGGAGGCGAGCGAGGCCUAUCUGGUGGGGCUGUUUGAAGACACGAACUUGUGCGCCAUCCACGCCAAGCGCGUGACCAUCAUGCCCAAAGACAUCCAGCUGGCCCGCCGCAUCCGCGGGGAGCGGGCUUAAG